AUGUUGUCUCUGACUCCCAGCUUAACUGUGCCCUAUGAAGCCAAGGUUGCAUUUCUAUUCCUUUCAAUCAUUGAGUUUGCAGUGGGGAUCCUGACUAAUGCAUUCAUUUUCUUAGUGAAUUUGGGGGAUGUUCUAAAGAGGCGGCCGCUGAGCAACUCUGACCUUGUGCUGCUGUGUCUCAGCAUCACCCGGCUUUUCCUGCAUGGGCUGUUGUUUCUGGAUGCCAUCCAUCUCAUCUACUUCCAGAAGAUGAAAGAUCCACUGAGCCACAACUACCAAACCAUCAUCAUACUCUGGAUGAUUACAAACCAGAUCAGCCUCUGGCUCGCCACCUGCCUCAGCUUCCUCUACUGCGCCAAGAUUGUUCGUUUUUCUCACACCUGCCUGCUCUGCUUGGCAAGCUGGAUCUCCAGGAAGCUCCCCCAAAUGCUUCUGGGUGCGAUUCUUUUCUCCUGCAUCUGCACCAUUGUUUGUUUGUGGGACUUUUUUAGCAGAUCUCGCUUCACAUUCACAGCUGUGUUAUCCAGGAAUAAUACAGAAUUCAAUAUAAAAAUUACAAAACUCAAUUUCUUUUAUUCAUUUCUCUUCUGCAAUGUGGGGUCUAUCCCCCCUUUCUUAUUUUUUCUGGUUUCUUCUGGACUGCUUAUUAUCUCCCUGGGGAAUCACAUGAGGACUAUGAGAACCCAAACCAGAGACUAUCGUGACCCCAGCCUGGAAGGCCACGUCAAAGCCCUCAUAGCUCUGGUCUCUUUCCUCUGUUUCUUUGUGGUGUCAUUCUGUGCUGCUCUCAUAUCAGUGCCCUUACUGAUGCUGUGGCACAACAAGGUUGGGGUGAUGGUCUGUAUAGGGAUGAUGGCAGCCUGCCCCUCUGGACAUGCAGCUGUCCUGAUCUCAGGCAAUACCAAGCUGAGGAGGGCAUUGGAGAGGAUUCUGGUCUGGGUUCAGAGAAGCCUAAAGGUAAGGUCAGAUGGCAAGGAAGAUCCCAGGACUGAGAAUGGGCAUGAAAUUGGCUCUUCAUGA